UUGUCCGUCCGUCACUCACACUGACACACAAACAAAGCUAAGAAUUUUAUGCUCGCUUAUUUGCGAUACCUAGUUUGUCUUUACUGACUAUAAUUUAUCAUAAUAACUGUCUAGGAAUCUAGAAAAAUAAAUUAGUUCUGUUUAAAUUUUACCUACGUAUUAUGUUUUUCCGGAUUGAUAUGUUUUAAAUUGUACGAAUUUAUUACCAGUGUGUAAUAUCUUUAAGUGUAUUUUACGCAAUAACAUGUCGGAAACUUACGAAUACUUAUUUAAGUUUUUGGUGAUUGGAAGUGCUGGUACAGGAAAAUCCAGUCUGCUGAAUAAUUUUAUUGGAAACAAAUUCAAAGAAGAUAGAUGCCACACUAUUGGUGUUGAAUUUGGUUCUAAAAUUGUAAAUAUUGGAGGAAAGUCUACAAAAUUGCAGAUUUGGGAUACAGCUGGUCAGGAAAGGUUUAGAUCAGUCACUCGUUCUUACUACAGGGGAGCUGCUGGAGCUUUGCUUGUCUAUGACAUAACAUCACGAGAUUCUUUCAACGCACUUGCAAAUUGGUUAAGAGAUGCCCGGACAUUGGCAAGCUCAAAUAUUGUUAUUUUACUAGUUGGCAAUAAGAAAGAUUUGGAAGAGUCCAGAGAAGUGACUUUCACAGAAGCUAGUCAGUUUGCUCAGGAAAAUGAGCUUAUGUUUCUUGAGACCAGUGCUAAGACUGGCGAGAAUGUAGAAGAGGCCUUUUUGAAAUGCUCUAAAACAAUCCUGGCUAAGAUAGAAACUGGAGAGUUAGAUCCUGAGCGAAUAGGAUCCGGCAUUCAGUAUGGAACAAGCAUGUCAAAGAGACUGAGUGCACCCAAAAAGCCUACACGAAUGCCAUCUGACUGUGCCUGCCGGGUCUAGGGUAACAAUUUUAUUGAUAUUUUUUAACUCAUGUAAUUGAUUUUGAAAGAUUGUUUUGAUUAUAUUUAAUUCAUACACAUUUAUAUUUAGUUAAAAUAUAAAUUUGAUGAAUAUGCAUUGCCACUGUCAGUAUGGUCUAAGUUACAAAAAGUUAAAAUUAUAUUUUUCUAUGAUAUUGCACUAAAACUAAAUAUUUUAUUUCGAAUUUCUGUGACAAAUAUAUUUUACAAAUGGUUUAUAAACCAUAGUUAUAGCAAUCUAUUCUUUUCCAAGUUAUAUGUAGUCAUGUAUAUGAUGUAUGAGAUUAAAAAUUAGGAAAACUGUUAACAUUCGAAACAAUACUUACCAUCAGUAAAUAAGGAUAAUUUUAUGUAUUGCCUAUGAUAAUAUAUAAAUAAAAAAUUUGCUAAGAUUAUUAUAUUUACUUGUCCAGUUUAGAAUUUUUAUUGCUCUAUUUAUAAUUUUUACUUGUGGUAUUUUUUAACAUUUUUUUUUACUUUAUUGAUUGAUCUCAAUUGGUUUAGAAAUUAGCACAUGAUCUGGUUUUCCAAUGAGUGUGUCUAUUGGGGUAUAUUCAAACUGCUUAUAUCAAUGACUGCUUCACUUUAAUUUCUGCAUUGUGUAAAAUGGUAAUUGAUGUUAUCGAUGCAGUGUAUGUAUGCUAGACUUGUGUUGUUUUCGGUAUAAUAAACUAAGCUCUCUUAAA